AUGAUUACCAUUGGAGAUUAUGUUCUGAUUAAAUGGGGCACUGCAAAGAAUCCCGGAGAAGUUCUAUCUACUUUUGAAGAUGGUUUAAUGGUUAUGUGCAUGAAGAAAGGCUUAAAGUUUUGGAGAUGGCCAAAUAUUAAAGACGAGCAAUUAUAUUGCUGGGCCGAUGUAAUACAGAAAAUAAACACGCCAAAGUUAGUAAAAAAGGGCAAUUACGUUAUUACAGAGUUAGAUCAAUCAACAAGGGAUGUUAACAUUAAGACUUAA